AAAAAAAACAAUAUACACACUGAAAAAAUGCAGUUCACGUCCCUAUAAAUACUUCUUCCAAACUCAAUUCAUCAACUACAUUACCUUCUCUCAAUCUUCAAAUUCCCAUUCAUUCGUUUUGUUUUUUCCCCCUUGAAUUCUGAGGUGUUUACUUAAGUAUAUAUAACAUGGAAUUACCAACAAUGACGAGGACCUUCAACGUGAGGAGGCAAGAGGCCGAGCUGGUUUUACCAGCUCGCCCUACUCCCACCGAAACCAAACCCUUAUCCGACAUUGAUGAUCAAGAAGGUCUACGCUUUCCGAUGACCUUCAUACAUUUUUACCCGAAAAACGACAAGAAGCAAGAAGACGAUCCUGCGAAAGUGAUCAAAUCAGCGUUAGCAGAGGCACUCGUAUCUUAUUACCCAUUUGCCGGGCGACUCAAGGAAUUACCGGACAAGAAGCUGGUAGUAGAGUGUACCGGAGAAGGCGUGUUGUUUGUCGAGGCGGAUGCCGAUGUGACGUUGGAGGAGCUCGGGGAGGAGAUUCAUCCCCCGUUUCCUUGCUUGGAUGACUUGUUGUUUGAUGUACCGGAGUCCGAUGGGAUUCUCAACUGUCCUUUGCUCACGAUACAGGUGACGCGUCUUCGAUGCGGCGGUUUCAUCUUCGCUCUCAACCUGAACCACACCAUGGCCGACUCCCUCGGCCUCGUCCAAUUCGAGAACGCCAUCGCCGAAAUAGCCCGAGGAGACUCCUCUGGCGUCCCGUCUGUAACGCCGGUGUGGGCCCGGGAGCUCCUGAACGCGAGAAACCCUCCCUCGGAAACUUGCACCCACCGCGAGUUCAUCCCCAUUUCCAACACCAAGAGGACCAUCUUCCCCUUCGACCCCCGCGAGUUCGUGCACAAAUCCUUCUACUUCAGCCCGGAGGACAUCGCCGCCCUCCGUUCCUCCCUCCCGUCCGAGCUGAAAUGCUCCACCUUCGACGUCCUCAUCGCUUGCCUCUGGCGCUGUCGCACCAUCGCCCUCGAAUUCGAACCCGACGAGGAAGUGAGGACGCUUUACUUCAUAAACGCUCGUUCCCGGUUUAACCCUCCCUUGCCGGAAGGGUUUUACGGGAACGCCAUCGCUUCCCCACCAGUGGUAUCAACAGCCGGAGAACUCAUUACUAACCCGCUCAGCUACGUAGUUGAGUUGGUUAGAAAACCUAAGGCGGAAGUUACGGAGGAAUACAUGAAGUCUUUGGCGGAUCUCAUGGUUCUACGAGGGCGUCCGAGGCUGACGUUGGUGUCCACGUACAUGGUUUCGGACUUGACGAGGAUCGGGUUCGAUGACGUGGAUUUCGGGUGGGGAAAACCGGUUUACGCCGGUGCCGCCAGAGCGGCGGCGGAGUUGAUACCCGGGGUGGCUACUUAUUUUUCGCCCAGGGUGAGUAAGGAAGGAGAGAAAGGAGUUGUUGUUCCAGUUUGCUUGCCCAAAUUGGCCAUGGAAAAGUUUGCUAAAGAGGUUGCUUCAAUGGUGAAGAGGAACAUUUAGGAUGAGAUAUUCAUCAUGAUUGAGCGCAAACGUAUUCGAUGAAGGAUUUUGAUUUCAUUUUUGCAACCUUAUGUGACAUCAAUAAAAAAAAAUUAUUUAUUCUGAAUUUCUGUAUUUUCUGGAUCAUUAAAAAAUAUGUAAUUAGAAAUUGAAAUCGUCCAAUCAUCAUAUUUAUUUUCUUUUGGUUCAUUGUUAUAUUUUCAUGGCA